UGAGGAAAGGUUUAGAGAUUUUAAGCAAUGGCGGCUCGGCAUUUAGGUGAAAAGAACGAUACAGAUCCUUCAGAAGUGCUUUACAGUUUAAAAAUGAAGUGCUCCAACAACACGUUAGUAUUACUCAGAUCUCGUUAGUAAUGGGAAGUGAAUAUUAUAAUGCUGAAUGCGAGGUGCUGAUAGUUGUCUGAUCGUGAGGGAGAGAUUGAUUUGGCCUUUUAUUUUCUUUCUAUUGAUUAUUAUUUUCAUCUUAAAUGUGACGAAGACACGUUUCCAAACAAGCAGGAAGAACUCUCUGUGCUACUGAGAGCUACCAAAGUUGGAGUUUAUUAAAGAGGAGAUUAAAGAUAUGAGUGAUUUAGAACUCUUCAGAAUGGAUAAUGAAGAUCCUGAGGCACAAAGAGCAAUGGCGUCUCGUGGAGCCUCUCAAUAGUUCCCGGAAGUAGCAGCAAACACAUGCCGCGCCGUAGAGAUGCAGCAGAACAAACCGUUUGCGACGCACUUUUAAAAGACCUGAUGGAAGUAAAAGAGGAAAACCAACUACUGAAUGAAGUGGAGGAGAAAAACCAGGAUGAGGAACCUCAUAAUUUCAUUACAUUCAAUCCUGAAGAAAAAAUGUCUAGUUGCUCGGAAUCUGAAAAGAGUUUCUCACCAAAAAGUGUAGAACCCCAAAAUUGCUUCAUCUGCCCUCAGUGUGAAAAGAUUUUCACAUGUAAAAGAGACUUUAGGAGGCACAUAAGUAUUCAUACUGAAGAGAGACAUUUCACCUGCUCUCAGUGUGGAAAGAGUUUCAAAAAUUCAAGAGACCUCAAGAGGCACAUUGGAACUCACUCUGGAGAGAAGCCUUUUACCUGUCCUCAAUGUGGAAAGAGUUUCACACAAAAAGAGGGCCUUCAGGAACACUCAAAAGUUCACACUGGAGAGAAGCUUUUUUCAUGCAUGUUGUGUGGAAAGAGUUUCACGCAUCAAGGCAGCCUAAAAAGGCACAUGAAAGUUCAUUCUGGUGAGAAACUACAUCAAUGUUCUGAGUGUGGCAGGAGAUUUUCAGAGGCGAGCAAUCUAAAAACUCAUCUGCUCUCUCACUCUGGAGAAAGGCCGUUUAAAUGCGAUCAGUGUGAUAAAACGUUUUUCUUGGCCGUUCACUUAAAGACACACAUGAGGAUUCAUGAAGGUGAGAAGCCUUACACAUGUUCUUUUUGUGGAAAGAGUUUUUUGUGGCAGAAUGGUUUUAAAGACCAUUUGAAAACACACAUCGGUGUGAAAGCUCAUGUGUGCACUGAGUGUGGAAGCACCUUUACCAGAGCUGGUGAACUGAAAGUGCACCAAAGGACCCAUACUGGUGAGAAACCUUACAAGUGUUCACACUGUGAAAAGAGUUUCACCGUUUCAGGAGCCCUGAAAGCACAUGAAAGAGUGCAUACUGGAGAGAAGCCAUACCUCUGCCCGUCAUGUGGGAAGACUUUCAGCAGAUAUGGUAAUCUAGGAAAACAUUUAAAAAAGGCUUGCCCAAAGUUGUCACAGUGAGCGAAGUUCACUUCUAUCAAGAUUAUUUGUGAUUAAAUUGAUCAUUCAGUACUUAACAUUCUAAACACACUGUCACCCAAAUAAUGGGAUUUUAAGUGAAUAUAGAAAUGUAAUGAAAUUCGCAGUUGUAGAGAUUGACCGAUAAUCAGUUUGACCUGUUUAAUGUGUUUACUAUUGAUUCAAUGAUGUGCACUCCCCCCAAUGAUGAUGCAUAAAAUGAUUUAUGCAUCAUAACAUAUUGUAUAUGGAUUUGUUUUAAUCUGUAGUCUUUAUGUUCGGUUUAUAAUCCAUGAAGUUACAUGCAAAAAUGUGACAAAAAGACUUUUUGUCACAUUUUUGCUUUAAACUUUUACUCUACACCAGUUUUGUGGAGUAACUUUCAUUGUGAGAAAAUCAUUAUUCCUGACUGACCAUGAAAGAAAACUUUGCUUUUAGUAUAUUGAUUUGUUUACUUAAUCUGUAUAUUUUGGGACAUGUUUGGAUGAAAGGUUAAAUGGAUGGAUGAAUGAAUGUAUAGAUAGAUGUGUAUUUUUGUUUGUUUGCAUGUUACAAGGUGCCUUGUAACAGGGUUGAGAAAACCAAGAGAUGAUUUCAAGUGUUAGAUACACUUCAUACAUAUGCAUGCAUUAAAAUAUUUGGAAAACAAUUGGGAGUAUAAAAUGUGGCAGUAUAUUUCACAUAAUUUAGGCCUAGUGUCUUAAUUAGCAGCGUUACAUCAGUACCCAUAUGUAACAAAUGUGCUCCUUGUCUUCACAUAUAAGUUGUUAAAAAAUAGUAACAAUGUAUGCAGGCUUUUGAUAUUUAUUUUGUUGGUAGACUGAUAAUGGCUUUUCAUGUGAAAAUAAUGUCAUGUUUAUUCUGGUCAUUGUUUGUGCAGUAGAGCAAAAAGUGUUACAGCUGUUCUCAGUCUACCAUGUGGUGUUUAUUAAAUCACAAGUUAUGA